AUGACCGUAGAAAGGGAAGGAGGAGAAGACAAUCACGAAACGAGAGGAGCUCUAAUUUCUGAUGAGAAUGAUGAUACUCCUCACAGAGAGGAGGAGAACUUGAGAAUCAAUCCCAAACUGGGCCUACCUCCUCAACUGCUGAACUGCGGCUCUUCCUCCAACGCCACCUUUUUCAACCACUUCUUCAUCGGAGAUUUCAAUUCGGGGUCGGGUUUUCUCUCCACAGGCCGAUCUAUUUCAGUCACGAACAACAAAAUCCCACCUCCAAACUCACCCUCUCCUUACCACACAGCAAGAGUUCUCACCACUGCUUCAAGCUAUAGCUUAAGCAUCAGGAAAAUUGGAACUCACUUGGAAUUUGUGACUGAAGAUAAUCGUGCUAAACCAACCAGUCUUUGUAAAGCCUCAGGCACUACAAUAGAAAAGAGAAGAAGGCAAAUCAGUUUCGUCUCCAAUUUCACAGAAAUGGGAAGACCAAUCCUAUGCUUCCCAGACCUACAACCCUUUGGACCACCACUGCAAGAAGAGCCAACCACUGCAACACCAAACCAUCCUGCUUCCGAUAGAAAAAGAGCCAUUCAAACAAGCAGAAGAGAAUUAUUCACCUCUGAAUCGAACAUAAAAGCCAAGAGGUAAAUAUUACAGAAAUUUAGUUUCUAUAAUAACUACACUACUAUUUUUGGUACGAAUAAUUAAAC